AUGAUGAAAGGGCAACCCAUCAGAUUUUCAAGCUGCAGAGGAGUUGCGUUCGAGAUCAAGCCGCACGACGAUCCAUUCGCCAUCCCCAAACCCACGAUACACCAACAAGCCAACGACGAUGGCCCUAUACCGCCGGACGGAAGGCGCUUCUCCGUUUCCUCAUGGAUCCAUCAGGGUACUGGCGGCCGCUCCUCCAAAGUGGGCCCGGGCGACAUCAUCCAACGCUCACUCAGCGUGGCUAGCAGCAGCCACUUCUGCGACCUCGACGUAGAUGACGAUCCAAACGAUUACAUCGAGGCCGAUGAAGUCGUCGUCGACGUCACCCUCUCCAAUAUGGAACAGGGCAAAACCGACGACGACGAUCUGCCUCGCGCUCUCGGCAAGACGAAAAAACAAACUUCUUCGCGGCUCUCGGUUAUACUGCUGGACCAAGGCUUGUUCACGGUCUACAAGAGGCUCUUCUUGGCUUGCUUCACUCUAAACGUCGUCGGAUUGGUGCUGGCCGCUACGGGCCGUUUCACUUACGGCAGAGACAAGGCCGCUAUGUUCUCGAUCGCCAAUAUCUUCGUUCUCACGCUCUGUCGGAGCGAGGCCUUUCUCCGGGUCGUGUUUUGGGCCGCGGUGAGGCUAUUGGGCCGGUCGUGGGUUCCGAUCUGGAUCAAGACGGCCGCCACGUCACUCCUCCAGAGCCUCGGUGGGAUCCACAGUGGGUGUGGGGUUUCUUCCGUUGCGUGGCUUAUUUACAGUUUGGUCCUCAAUCUUAACGACCGUGCGAACACGUCCCCGGAGAUCGUCGUAGUUGCCUCCUCGAUCCUCUCGCUGAUCUCAUUGUCGUGCCUCGCCGCGUUUCCUCUCGUCAGGCAUUUACAUCACAACUUGUUCGAGCGGAUCCAUAGGUUCGCCGGGUGGGCCGCCCUCGGGCUUCUCUGGGCCUUUGUGGUCCUGACAACCUCGUACGAUUCAGAAACGGCGACGUAUUCAAACGACGUUGCUAUCAAGUUGGCCAAUUCGGUAGAAUUUUGGUUCACAUUCGCCAUCACCGUGCUGAUCAUAAUCCCGUGGUUAACGGUGAGAAGAGUGGCCGUCACGACGUCGUCUCCAUCGGGCCAUGCCUCCAUCGUCAAGUUCGCGGGAGGGGUUAAACCGGGGAUUCUGGGUCGAAUCAGCCCGUCCCCGUUGUCCGAGUGGCAUUCCUUUGGGAUCAUCUCAGAUGGAAAGAUCGAUCACAUGAUGCUCUGUGGCGCGGUGGGUGACUUCACCAAGUCGCUGGUCUCGAACCCGCCGAGCCACUUGUGGGUUCGAGGGGUGCACUUCGCUGGGCUGCCGUAUUUGGUGAACUUGUACGAUCGGGUUCUGUUGGUGGCGACUGGGUCGGGGAUCUGCGUGUUCUUGUCGUUCCUCUUGCAGCCAUGUCGAGCCGACGUCUGCGUGGUUUGGGUGGCGAAGGGAAUCGAACAGAAUUUUGGUCAGGAGAUUAUGGAGAUGAUGAGUAGGCAUCCGAAGGACAAGGUGAUCGUACACGACACCGCUUUGAUGGGACGUCCCAGCGUGUCCCAAAUGAGCGUGGAGAUGGCAAAGAAGUGGCGGGCUGAGGUGGUGAUUGUGACCAGCAAUCCGGAAGGGAGUAGAGACGUUGUCGAUGCUUGCAAGGGUGCAGGAAUCCCAGCGUUUGGACCCAUUUGGGAUUCCUAA